AUUUUGCAUGUGAGAUGAGCUUGCUAGUAAAAACAUUACCUGUGCAAAUGGUGCCUCUGGACCUGGGGCAGUCUGGACCAGUAUAAAAACACAUCCAACAGCAGGCUGCCUCAUCCACUUCUCUUGCCUUCUCCUCCUUGGUGAACAAGGUGCGCCUCCAUCCCGCAGCCAUGUCCUGCUACGAUCUGUGCCGUCCCUGUGGCCCAACCCCGCUUGCCAACAGCUGCAACGAGCCCUGUGUCCGGCAGUGCCAGGACUCCCGUGUGGUGAUCCAGCCCUCUCCCGUGGUGGUGACCCUGCCCGGCCCCAUCCUCAGCUCCUUCCCCCAGAACACCGCUGUGGGAUCCACCACCUCGGCUGCCGUUGGCAGCAUCCUGAGUGAGGAGGGAGUGCCCAUCUCCUCCGGGGGCUUUGGCCUCUCUGGCUUUGGUGGCCGCUACAGUGGCAGAAGGUGCCUGCCCUGCUAAAGCCCACGAGGACGACCAGUGAGCGCAUCGACCAGGAAGCCCGAAGCCAGGUGCCGGACUGAGGACGGAGCUGCUGGCCAGGGUUUCCAGAUGGGCUGAGCACCCUCGUGGCCUCCUGCAGAGCAGAGAGGGAAGCCAGGGUGCCAGCCUGUGCUGUCUGGAAACACGGCCAGCAGACCUCUUCUUCUCCCGCUUUCUUCUCUGCAUCAUGCGUCCUUGUUGUCUCCUGCUGUUCUGUGCCAUGGGUUCAUCCGGAAGCAAGUCAAGAGUGUCCUGUUUCUUCUCCCUCUCUCCAUGCAAGGGAGGAAGACAUGCAUCCCGUUGUGGUGAAGGGGGGUCUGACUGCCAGCUGUCCUUGUGGCAGCCUGGGCCGGAUCCCUUCCUCCAAGUGCUGCUUUGAUUCCUUCUUCAGACUCAUUAAAGUUUUUGCUUCAAUGUAA